GUCUUCCCCUUCUCCACCUUAAGGCGAGCAGCAGCGGCAGCGACCAAUCACCAUGCUAUUACAGCCUUCAGAGGAAGCUGUUUAUGGGACUGCAGCGCUAAUUAGGCUCAUGAACUAACAAAUCUGCCUGCACGAACACGGCGAGGAAAACGAUCACAUCCAUGGAUUAGUUUGGGACUAGUCGAGCACUUUUUAUUUUGGCUUUCUCAACACUGCCGCCUUUUCCCAACUUAUUUACUGCGCAGAAACUUUCCCCCUUUCUUGGGUGUGGAGUAUUUUUUAAGCGAGAGCGCCUACGACAACUUUAACUUAAACUGGGGAAUCUGGACUAUCAGACCAUGUUUCAACCUACACCCAAGAGGUGUUUUACUAUAGAGUCUUUAGUGGCGAAGGAUAAUCCUGUACCGGCGUCCCGCUCCGAGGAGCCCAUCAGGCCAGCAGCGCUCAGCUAUGCAAACUCUGGCCAGAUGAAUCCCUUUCUCAACGGCUUUCACUCCAGCGGCAGGGGCGUCUACUCUAACCCGGACUUGGUGUUUGCAGAGGCGGUCUCGCAUCCGCCAAACUCCGCCGUCCCGGUGCAUCCGGUGGCACCGCCGCACGCUCUGGCCGCUCACCCGCUUUCAUCCUCACACAGUCCACACCCUCUUUUUGCCAGCCAGCAAAGAGACCCAUCAACUUUCUACCCCUGGUUAUUACACAGAUAUAGGUACUUGGGUCACAGAUUUCAAGGUAAUGAAACGAGUCCAGAGAGCUUCCUUUUGCACAACGCGCUGGCCAGAAAGCCCAAAAGAAUCCGGACAGCUUUUUCACCUUCGCAACUCCUGCGGCUCGAACACGCGUUUGAGAAAAACCAUUACGUGGUGGGAGCAGAAAGGAAGCAGCUCGCCCACAGCCUUAGCCUCACAGAAACUCAGGUAAAAGUGUGGUUUCAGAACCGGAGGACGAAGUUCAAGCGACAGAAGUUGGAGGAGGAGGGCUCCGAGUCUCAGCAGAAGAAGAAAGGAUCGCAUCACAUAAACCGGUGGAGACUGGCGACUAAACAGGCGAGCCCAGAGGAAAUUGAUGUCACUUCGGACGAUUAAAAAACAAACAAACUAUAGAAGCGUCUGAUUGACGGAGGACAUGGAUAAAGGAUGCCGCGUAGAGACAGUGAGAGGGUAACAAGCCAAUGUCACAUUUCAGAUCUCCAGAGAUCGGCAGCUGAGGGUGAGAGAAACCCGACUGGUGGCACUGCUGUCACCCGUGUGGGUCUGUCAAUCCAGAUGACCCAGGAACAUGUGAACUGACAGUGUCUCAGUCCACCUACCUGCACCCUUCCACGCACCAACCACCACCACCACUACAACCUCCCAUCUACCACCAUCUAUUUUUUUUCUCCAGUUCAUAUUGGACGUUUGCACUUCAGAUUUUUUUUUUUUUAAAAAACAAAAAAAAACAAAACGUUUCCACUCAAGAUACCAAAACACCAAACUGCUUUUGUAAAACUUGAAUUGCAUGUUUUUCCCUGGUAGUUGUUUUAAUUUGACAAGUUUUCUCAACCCCAGAAGAAGAAAAAAAAACCAAUUUUGUUUUUAACUCUAUUUUCAAACUGAGAGAUGUCGUGCUUCUUCCUUUUUACAAAGUGUGCAGUCUUUAAUUAAUGAUUCUCGUGUAAAAGUUAUUGUGAAAACAUGAAGUAGCGGUGCUGCGUUAUAGUGUUUUUUUUUUAAAGAAAAAGAGAACAAAAAAUUCGAUUUAAAAGAAAAAAAAAACCUUUCUAAAAAGUGAAUCAGAUCACAGAUCAAGUACUUAAAGGGAAGGUAUCAGGACAUUCCUUUAACCUAAAGCUUUACCAGUGUGUCGCUGUGGCCCCAUGCAGCCUUCUGUCAGGACUUGACCCUCCAGUUAAAGUUGCCACGAAGGACUAAAUGCAAGAAUUGAGACGGACAGACAGACAGACAGACAGAGAGAGAGAGAAAACUUCAAGCACUGAGCGUAUUCCAUGUACAGAAAUGCUAAAAGUUAAUGUUUCUGUUAAACCCUCUUUUACAGAAUGUAAAUAAUUUUGUGUUUGUGUUAAGUUUGCUACAAUUUUAACACAAAGUAUACUUCCAAGAAGUAUGUAAUUGUCAAUAUUUUGUCAAUAAAGUUUUAUCAAUAUGUUGCGCGCAGUAAAAGUAUAGACUUUUGAUUAUAGAACAGAUGAAUGGAGGCCUCUGGAGCUUUUAGGGCGAUGGUCUUUAUUCUUAUUUCGUGCCGUCAAACAAAAUAAUUUGGAUUUAGUGUACAGUGAGGUUUGGUGAUGUGGCGUUUGGACACUAGAACGCAAAGUCAAAACAUACAGAGAGAGAGAGAGAGAGAGAGAGAGAGAGAGAGAGAGAGAGAGAGAGAGAGCCGCCGCAGCCUGCAGCUCUGCGUUUGUUUCUCAGCCUCAUAGACGGCGUUAGUUUUAUUUUUGAAGGGCUGCAGCGUCUGCUCCGCUCCUGCUACAAAGAGUCCCUACAAGCUUUUGUGAAAGUGCAAAUCAGUUUAGGCAAUUAUCAUGCGAGUAAUAUGAGGGGGAAAGGGGAUGCAUUGCCCAGUGGUCCACUUUAAUCUCUUAAUCCACGGAUCCAAGGGGGCUUGGUUGGACAUAAUUUAGUACAAUCUGACUACCCCUCACGACGCGAUAAGGGAAGGUUGCAAUGUGCCGCAAAAUGGGAUCUUUGUUUAAAAUCUUGUCUUGUAGGCUGCAUCAUGCUGCAAGCUGCUGGAACAUUACAGGGCCUCUUUAGGACCCUGUAGGCGAAACUAAAAAGAUGCUAUUUACAGCAGGAAGUGAUUCCCUAUUUACACACAAACAAACCAACAGCAAAACAAUGAACACUCCGCUGAAAAAAAAUCUGACACAUUUUAACUGGAUUAUGAUUUUUUUUUUUUUCCUAGUGAAUACAUAACAAGCCCAACUUCAGUGUUUUCUGGUGCGAGGUGCAUGUGUUUGUUUAAUUGUUUGAUAAAGUAAAAGAGCAGUUUUAUGGUUUAGGUUGGGGUGCAAGGCAUAGGGAAUUCUUAAUCGGCCCAUAGAUUAUAACAGCAAUAAAAAUCUUUAGAGAAUACCAUUAGCUUUGAAAAAAAAAAAAAAAACCUAAAAGCUUUAUUACAAACCCAGCUUUGAAAUAGGGG